AUGAAGGAGGAGGAGCGCGGCCGCAAGGAGGUGGUGGUGGUACUGGUGGGCCCACCGGGCAGCGGCAAGUCCUCGUUCGCCGAGGCCGUAGUUGGCGGCUCCACCGCCGGCCGCCACUGGGUUCGCGUCUGCCAGGAUACAAUUGGGAACGGCAAAGCUGGGACAAAAAUACAGUGCUUGAAGGCUGCAUCAGAUGCUUUGAAGGAGGGCAAGAGUGUUCUCGUUGACCGCUGUAACUUGGAACGCGAGCAGCGUGCUGAUUUUGUGAAGCUGGGCAGCACAUUGCACGCAGAUGUGCAUGCUGUCUCCCUGGAUCUACCUGCAAAGGUCUGUAUCUCACGUGCAGUGAGCCGAAAGGGUCAUGACGGCAAUCUGCAGGGUGGGAAGGCUGCCCUUGUUGUCAACCGCAUGCUGCAAAAGAAGGAGACACCCUUGCUCACAGAAGGUUUCAGUCGGAUCAUGUGCUGUAAUGAUGAUGGCGACAUUAAAAAAGCAGUUGACUUGUAUAAUGAUUUAGGGCCUUCAGAUAGUCUUCCAUCAGGAGUUUUUGGUCAGAAGAGCAAAAGACCCGUACAAGUUGGUAUAAUGAAGUUUCUAAAGAAAGCUGAUGCUUCCAGUGUUGAGACAUCUAGUGGACCUAAGCUUGCAUUGACAGAAAUAAAGCCAGCGCAGCAAAAUCCUUUGCCAAAACAGGAAAAUGUUGAAGCUGGUUUUGCCUGCCCAAUGGAAGUUGAGAAGGGGUUGAAUGACAAGAUGGAAAAUGAAGAGCAUGCUAAAGAAAGUGAUUAUUGUGAUGUUGGUUCCCGUACUCUGGCAUUUCCAUCUAUUUCUACUGCCGACUUCCAGUUUGAUCUUGACAGAGCAUCUGAUAUUAUAGUGGACACAGCUGCUAAUUUCUUGCAGAAGUUUGAUAAUAUAAGACUAAUUCUUGUAGACCUGAGCGAGAAAUCAAGAAUUUUGUCAUUGGUCAAACAGAAGGCUGCUAAGAAGAGCAUUGACUCCAACAGAUUUUUCACAUGCGUGGGAGAUAUCACUCAGUUGCACACAAGAGGAGGUCUUCAAUGCAGCGUGAUUGGUAAUGCUGCCAAUUGGAGGCUAAAACCUGGAGGUGGAGGGGUUAAUGCGGCAAUAUAUAAUGCUGCUGGAGAAUCUUUACAACAUGCAACUAAAAAAUGUGCUGAUGCACUGAGGCCAGGAACCUCUGUUGUUGUUCCACUUCCAUCAACUUCUCCUCUGCGUCAACGGGAAGGUGUGACCCAUGUCAUACAUGUGCUUGGGCCAAAUAUGAAUCCAAUGCGACCAGACUAUCUUAAGAAUGACUAUACCAGAGGGUCUAAGAUUCUUCGUGAAGCAUACAAUUCACUUUUUGAGAAUUUUGCAUCCAUUGUGCAGAGCUACAUGGGAAAGCAGAACAGUGAAUCUGGAGCAGAAAAGUCAGCAUCUGGAGGGACAUCUCCCAAUGACACAAAAAUGAAGCGAGAGGACAGCCAUGGAUCUGAAAGGAUGAAAAAACAUAAGUUGUUUCAACCCAUUAUGACUGCAAAGCAACAGCAUGAGUGUACAAAGGUUAAUGCUCCAAAUUGCCAUGAUGAUGCCAUGACUUCAUCUGCUGUUCCUAGCCAAACUAGACAAGUAGACAACAAAAGGAAUGAUGUGGUUACCAGUAAGACUUGGGGAUCCUGGGCCCAGUCUCUUUAUGAACUUGCCAUGAACCCAGAAAAGUACAAGAACUCAGAUUCUAUCCUGGAGACAUCAGAUGAAUAUAUUGUUCUGAAAGAUCUCUAUCCAAAGGCCAAAAGGCAUAUUUUGGUGAUAUCUAGAAUGGAUGGUCUUGACUCUCUAGCAGAUGUCAAGAAAGAACACUUGCCUUUGUUGAGGAGGAUGCAUUCAGCUGGGGUGAAGUGGGCACAGAAGUUCCUAGAGGAAGAUGCGGCUUUGGAAUUCAGACUUGGAUACCAUUCGGUUCCAUCAAUGCGACAAUUGCAUCUUCACAUCAUUAGCCAGGAUUUCAACUCUGCAAGCUUGAAAAAUAAGAAACAUUGGAACUCCUUCACCACAUCAUUUUUCCGUGAUUCUGUUGAUGUCAUUGAGGAGAUUGAACAAAAUGGAUCAACAACCACCAGCACUGAUGAAAAGGUACUCGCAAUGGAACUCCGGUGCCACAGGUGCAGGAGCGCUCAUCCAAACAUCCCAAAGCUGAAAUCCCACAUCGCGAUCUGUAAAUCUUCCUUCCCUUCCCAUCUUCUGCAGAAAAACAGGCUGUUGUCCUCUACGAUGCAUAUGGACCGCACUUAG